AUGGUAUCGGCUUGUUUCGUUCGUUCAUGGAGUAUGAGUGUAGUGAUCUUAUACCUACCAUCAGUACUAAUUGAGCGAGCUUUCGCAUCGAAAUAUAUCAGUGACUAUGAAAAAGUCUCCAGACCAUGGAUAUACAGAGUGAUCAUUCCCUCUAAUUACAUUGCAGCAAUUCUUAUGGUUUUGCCGAGCAUGCUUGGCUUCUCGAACGGCGUCGCUACAACUAUAUCGAUCGGCACAUUCUUUGUUAUUUAUAGUAUGGCGUAUGUAACCCUUUUUCGCCGAGAUUCCGUAAAGUUGAGAGAUAUCAACAGCGGUGCUCGUCAGAAAGCCAACACCUAUAGUCUGAGCACGAAGUUUCAAUUAAGAGAAAACCUCAAAGUGAUGAAGGUAUUCUUACGCAUUCUCUACUACUGGCUGAUAUAA